AUGACUAGUUCAAAUUAUUUUAAAAAUGAAACUAAAAUCUAUAAAGAGUCAUUCAGCUCAUCAAAAUAUAAUUAUGAUAGUGAUGUAAUUGAAAUAAUAAGUUUAAAUGAUAAUGAACCAAACUACACCAAUAUAAAUGAAUCAGAUUCUCUUGAAAAAGGUGUUCGAAAAAAUUUGACUUAUAAUAAAUUACAAGAAAUAAACAGCGACAUUGAAAUUAUUGAAGACAUAAAUAACUACAAUUAUGAAAAAAUAAAAUUACAAAAGAUAAAAGAAUUUGAAUUAUCAAAAAAGAAAGCAGAAUUUAUAAGAGAUAAGGGUGUUUUUUUUGAGUAUUACUUAGGAUGCAUAGAAGCUGAAUCAAUAAUUUUAUCAAGUGAAGUAAGUGAAAUUAAAAAUGAUAAUGACGUAAAAAUAAGUUAUGAAGUUUCUCCAAAAACAACAAAAAGAUCCUAUUCUCCAAUGUAUACAUUAAAAAUAAAUAAUAAUUAUGUAAUAUCCAAUGAUUAUGUAAAAAUAAUUGCUAGAAAUAUACCUUCAAAUACAAAUAAAGUAAAAAAAAAAAAAAAUACAGUAAAAAAAAGAAAUUCAACUUCAUAUAAUGAGAAUUAUAAUGAGUUAUAUUAUGAAGCUGAAAAAAUUAUUUCCGAAGAUAAAAAAUUUGUUGAAUACGAAAAAUUUAAAAGUGAGGUUUUGAAAGACAUCUAUGAAGGAUAUUCAUGUAUAAGAAUUAAGCAUAAUAAUAGGGAUGUUUCAAAACUUAAAAGUGAUUUAUCAAAAACUUUAAGUGUUCUUCUAGUUUUGAAUGCAAUAAGAAUAGAAAUAAAAUUAGCAAAAAUAUCAUUAAACGAUUUAAAGUUUGGUGGAAGUCUAAAAACAUUUAUUCAUGUUAUAUUAUAUCCAGACUGUUUCAAAAUAGAUUCUCAUAAAUUUCAUGAGUAUAAUUCAUUAAUAAAAUAUUGUGUAAAUAAUUUGUUCAAGGAAUUAAAGAUUCCUCCUUUAAGAUUAGCAAAGGUUGAUGAUACAAAUUCCUUUGAAAAUAUUAAUUUUAAGGUUAAUAAAGAUGAUUUAUUAUUAUCAAAUAACCUACUAAAAUCUACCACUAUCAACUAUAUGAAAGACAAAAAUUUAAAUAAAAGUAGUUCUGGAUCAAGUGGUUUUUGUACACCUCACAAAGCCUUGGGUUUUAAUCCAAAAAAAACAGUUUCAGAUUUAUCAAAUUUGACUACCACGAAGGAAGAAGAAAUAAUAGAGACCUUGAGUGAAAACGAAAUAGAAGAAGGAGAUGAGCAAGCUACAAAUUUAGUUUUUAUAGAAGAAAAAUAUAGAGGAGGAUAUUUACUUGAAGAUUUUGAAGAAAUUUAUCCUAAUGAUUUUUAUUUUAAACCCAAAUUAAAAACAUACCAAGCAGAAGGUAUUUGGUGGAUGUACACAAGAGAAAAUCCUCCGGAAUAUUCGAAGAGGAAAGAGGAACAUUAUAAUAUAAAAGAAAUAAUAAUAGAUGAAAACAGCAGGAGUCCUAAUUUAUCUGAAAAUAUUAUAGAAAAUGAAGUGAAUGUAAUGAAAAUUAAUGAAAAAUUUGAUGACAAAAUCCAUAAGAAUACUUUUAGUAGUUCCAAAAAUGAAAAUUAUUAUAAUGUAAACAAUUGUAAAAAUGAAAAAUCUAAAAAAGAAAAUAAUCUUAUGAUCUUUGAAAAUGAGGAUGAAGAUAUAAGAAAUAAAGAACCAUUAAAUCCAUUAUGGGAAGAGCACGCUUUUAUUCCAAACAUAAAAAUAUAUGAAAAAGAAGAAAUUAUAUGUGUAUUAAAAUAUUUUUAUAUUAAUAAAUUAACAGGAGAAUUUUCAUUAACAUAUCCUCAAUAUAUUCCUCCUUUUAGAGGUGGUAUUUUAGCGGAUGAAAUGGGAUUAGGUAAAACUAUUCAAAGUAUUGGAUUGAUAACUCAUGAUAUUUACUGUAAUAAUUUUCAUCUAAAAAAAAACGAUAUAGAAAAUAAAAACAAUAUCAUAUAUUUAAUUGAAAAUACUAUAAGAGGAUUCAACUUUAAAAAGGGAGGAACAUUAGUUAUUGCACCUUUAGCUUUGAUAUAUCAGUGGAAACAAGAAAUAGAAAGACAUACAAGAGAGGGAUUUAUAAGUUCCUAUAUAUAUUAUGGUAAUUCAAAAGAUAUAAGUAGUGAAGAAUUAUCAAAAUAUUCUGUUGUUUUAACAACCUAUUCCACUCUAGUAUCUGAAUAUAAAAACACAUUAACUAAAAGAUACACUCUUAAGGAAGACAAUAUUACAAAAAGUAAAAGAAACAAUAAAGAAGAACUUCAAAAUAGUUUAAAUAAAGUUAAUAAAAAAAAAUUAAAUAACUUUUUUAUGAAAACCAUAUUAAACUCUAGUAAUGACCUCAGUGACAAUAGAGUAAAGACUAAUGAUGAAAAAAAUUCAAAUAAAUUAAUAAAUGACAUCAAAGAAUGUUCUCUAUAUAAAAUUAUAUGGAGAAGAAUAUUUAUAGAUGAGGCUCAUGUGAUAAAAAAUAAGAAUUCAAUUCAAUCAAUUGCAGUAUGGAAAUUACGAGGAGAAAGAAAAUGGUGUCUAACAGGAACACCUAUACAAAAUUCAAUUUUUGAUAUAUUUCCAUUAUUUAGAUUUUUAGGAAUAAAACCAUAUGGAACAAUUGAGUGGUGGAACAAAGAAAUUUUAGAUUAUGUAAAUAAAAAUAGGAUAUAUUUAGCUUUAGAUGUUGUCAGAAAAAUUUCCUCUCCCAUUUUGUUAAGGAGAACAAAAAAAUCUAAAACAAAAGAUGGGAACUAUAUAAUUUCCUUACCAAAAAAAAAUGUUCAUUUAGAAAAACUAGAAUUUUCAUUAGAAGAAGAAGACUUUUAUAGAGCUAUUUUUUAUAGAAGCAAAACCAAAUUUGAUACUUAUAUGCAUGAUGGAAAUGUAUUAAGUCAUUAUUCUCAUGUUCUACAACUUUUGUUAAGAUUAAGGCAGUGUUGCUCUCAUCCUUUGUUAUUAUUUUCAAAACCUUUUUUUGAAGAAUGGAAUAAAGAAGAUAUGAGCAAUGCAUUAAUAAAUGGAAAUGAUACUUUAUUAAAGGAAAAAAAAAAUGGGAAUAGUUUUUUUAAUAAUGAUUAUAUUAAAGAUCAAAAUAGUGAAAAUGAUCCAAUUAAUAACAAGGAAGAAAAAAAUAUAAUAUAUAAUUUUAUAUUAGGUUCAACUAAAUCAAAAAAAUUAGAUGAUGAUUAUAUAAAUGAGUUUGAAAUGUUAAAAAAUGGAAAUGCAAUACAAUGUAUUAUUUGCUUAGAAGAUGCCACUUUUCCAUUAAUUAGUAAAUGUUUACAUAUAAUGUGUAAAAAAUGCGCAGAUGAUUAUUUUCAUUUAACUCAAAUAGCUGAUAAAAAAUGUCCACAAUGCAAUAAUUAUAUAAAUUUAAAAUCAUUGAAAACAUUACAAGAAAAUAAAUCCCCAUUAGAUGAAUUAUUAAAGAAAAUGAAAAAAGAAAAUUUUGUUUAUUCAACAAAAUUGAAAAAAUUAUUUGAACAUAUUCAAGAUGACAUGAAAAAUGAAUUACAUAUAGUAGUUUUUUCACAAUGGAUAGGAUUUCUAAAAAUUAUUCAAAAAUUAUUAACACUUUAUAACAUUCCAAAUAAAAUAUAUGAUGGUACCUUAACCUUUGAGCAACGAAAAACUGUAUUGCAUUGGUUCAAUAUACAAAAAGGAAAAAUAUAUCAACCAGGAAUUGGUUUUAUUAAACCCUCAUAUACUAUUCCUAUAGAAGAUGUUGCAGGAAAAGUGUUAUUAUGUUCUUUAAAAGCUGGAGGAGUAGGUUUAAACUUAACUGUUUCAUCAAAAGUAUACUUAAUGGAUUUAUGGUGGAAUCCAGCUGUAGAAGAUCAGGCGUUUGAAAGAGUACAUAGAAUUGGUCAAUUAAAAGAUGUAGAUAUUUAUAAAUUUGUUUUAAAAAAAACAGUUGAAGAGAGAAUUUUACAAAUUCACCAAAGUAAACAAUACACUGCUAAUCAUAUUUUAGAGCAAGAUGGAAAUAAAAUAAAUAAAGAAAUGAAUUUAGCUCCUCAGAAACUAGGAAUGGAUGACUUUAUAUUGAUGUUCAAAGAUUGGAAUUCAGAAGAGUAA